AUGCCAUUUGCUGCUUUUGUUGGUGUUGAUUAUCAUAGUCAUUCAACACUAUUAGUUUGUGGGUUAAUCUCCAAUGAGGACAUAGGGACAUUUGUAUGGCUUUUUCAAUCUUGGCUUGCAUGUAUAUUGAAUUGUGAAGAUAGGGCAAUGCAAAAAGCAAUCGAAAUUGUGUUUCCUGGUACACGACAUAGAUGGUGUUUGUGGCAUAUAAUGAAGAAAUUGCCUGAAAAGUUGAGAGGUUAUAACCAAUAUGAAUCUAUCAAGUUUUCUUUGCAAAAUAUUGUGUAUGAUUCAUUGACACAUGAAGAGUUUGAAGAACGCUGGAAUUGUUUCAUUGACAAACACAACCUCCAGGUCAAUGAAUGGUUACUUGGGCUGUAUAAUGAACGACGGCGUUGGGUGCCGACAUUUGUGAAAGAUACUUUUUGGGCAGUUAUGUCUACUACCCAAUGUUGUGAAAGUAUGCAUCCAUUCUUUGAUGGAUAUGUUAAUUCAAAAACCACAUUAAAACAAUUUGUGGAACAAUAUGAUAAUGCAUUGCGUGAUAAAGUGGAGAAAGAAAAUGAGGCAAAUUUUAAAUCUUUCAAAUCAUGGAUUCUUUGCAUAAGCACAUAUGCUAUUGAGAAACAAUUUCAAGAUGCAUAUACCACUACCAAAUUCAAGGAGUUCCAACAAGAACUUGCUGGUAAGCUUUAUUGUCAAACAUCUUCUUCUAAAGAGGUUGAUUCAUAUGUGGAAUUUAUAAUAGAAGAAGAUGUUCUGGUUGGAGAGACUCGCCGUCCUGUUCCUUUUGUGGUUUGCUUUGAUGGAGCAAGUUAUGAUGUUCGCUGCAAUUGUCAAUUGUUUGAGUUUAGAAGAAUUUUAUGUCGACAUGCAAUUACGGUGUUGAUUCAUAAGAGAAUUUCUUGUGUGCCUGAAAAGUACAUUUUAAGACGAUGGAAGAAAAAUAUAAGUAGAUAUCAUACAAAGGUUAAGAUAAGUUAUAAUAGUUGGAGUACCAAUAUUGAAGGACAACGAUUUGAUAAGUUGUCUAAUUUAUUUUCUACUGUAGCAGACUUGGCAUCUACUAAUGAGGAUGAUUGUAAUAUGAUGAUGAACGUGAUUAAUGAUCUUAAGAACAAAUUGAUAUCGACUGAAAGUGUUGGUGGUAAUGAUAGAAGAGAAAACUUGUCAUCCCAUAGUAUAAUGAAUUGUGAAAGUGUUGGUGGUGCUUCGAAAGAGGGGAGUAGUAAUAUUCUUAAUCCACGGGCUAUUCGUAGCAAAGGUCAUCCUCUAUUCAAAAGAAAGCAAUCGAGCCUUGAACAAAUUGAGACUAGGACGUGGACUCUUCUCAAGUGUACCUACAGUCUAGUUACAAUGUUGUUUGUGGUUUGGGGAGAGCUCGGGCAUUGUUUCUCAUUUUUGGUGUGUUGGUUGCAACCAACUACUUCCAAGUGCAUAGCUAGGUGUGCUGCAGGUGACAAUUUUUUGGGUUGGUUGCUGGCUGCUGGUGACAAUUUUUUGGGUUGGUUGCUGGCUGCUGGUGUGAGCUUUGGCAAGCCUGGUUUUGUGUCUUAG